AUGAAUAUAGGCCAAGAAAAGACUUCAGAGCAAGACAACAAUGAAAAUAAGUACCCUGACACAAUAAACCGAUAUGGGAGCAUAAAUUCCUUGGAUUCCACAGCAUCAUCAGGGAUUGGCAGCUAUAGCACUCAGACAUCUGGUGCAGACAACCCAGAACAAUAUGAAGUUUUGAAGCAGCAGAAAGAAAUCAUAGAACAAGGAAUUGAGCUAUUUAACAAGAAGCCAAAAAGAGGGCUACAGUAUCUACAGGAGCAAGGAAUGCUUGGGACUACACCUGAUGAUAUUGCUCAAUUUCUACAUCAAGAAGAACGAUUAGACACAACACAAGUAGGUGAAUAUGUAGGAGAUAAUGACAAGUUUAAUAAGGAGGUCAUGUAUGCCUAUGUGGACCAGUUAGACUUUUCAUCAAAGGAUUUUGUCUCAGCUCUCCGAAUGUUUCUGGAGGGUUUCCGUCUCCCAGGAGAAGCUCAGAAAAUUGAUCGAUUAAUGGAAAAAUUUGCAGCCAGAUAUCUGGAAUGUAACCAAGGGCAAACACUUUUUGCCAGUGCAGAUACAGCAUAUGUUUUGGCAUAUUCUAUCAUAAUGCUGACAACAGAUCUUCACAGCUCACAGGUUAAGAAUAAAAUGACAAAAGACCAGUAUAUUAAGAUGAAUAGAGGAAUCAAUGACAGCAAAGAUCUACCUGAAGAAUAUCUGUCAGCUAUCUAUGAUGAAAUAGCAGGAAAGAAAAUUUCAAUGAAGGAGACGAAAGAGCUUGCAAUCAAGUCUUCCAAACAAAAUGUAGCCAGUGAGAAACAAAGAAGACUUUUAUAUAACCUAGAGAUGGAGCAAAUGGCUAAAACUGCCAAAGCCCUCAUGGAGGCUGUAAGCCAUGUGCAGGCACCUUUUACCAGUGCUACACACUUGGAUCAUGUUAGGCCAAUGUUUAAAUUGGCUUGGACACCAUUUCUGGCAGCUUUCAGUGUCGGCUUACAAGAUUGUGAUGAUACAGAAGUGGCCUUCCUUUGCCUGGAGGGCAUACGGUGUGCUAUCCGGACCGCAUGCAUUUUCAAUAUUCAGCUUGAAAGAGAUGCCUAUGUGCAGGCCCUUGCACGAUUUACUUUAUUAACGGCCAGUUCUGGCAUUACUGAAAUGAAGCAGAAGAACAUAGAUACCAUCAAAACACUUAUCACGGUGGCUCACACAGAUGGGAACUACCUUGGGACCUCCUGGCAUGAGGUAUGA